AUGUCGCAUCAAGUCUCCGUUCCAUCUUUCACCUCAUCAACCGUCCAGAAAAGGGAUGAUGGAUAUUGGAUCGAAGCAUUUAAAUUCAGCAAAGACGAUAAGGUCCCAGGUCUCAUCGUUUCUGGCCUUAAUUCUGGAAAAAUUCAAUUCCUCGAGAAUCCAGUCAACGCUGCAACAACGUCUGACGAUGGCGACUCUCCAUGGAAGGUAUAUGAUAUUGGUGAAUUCGAUACCCCAGUGGCAAGUAUUGCGGUUGAUAUUACCGGCAAUGGCUUGUUGGAUGUGGUCGUCUGUCACGACUUUGGCCCGACUAUGCUCGAUUGCAACAUGGAUGGCGGGUGGAUCAGCUGGCUGGAAAACCCCGGUCGCAAGGCAUUGUCGGAUGGGUAUUGGGUCCAUAGGAUCAUUGGUAGGUGGCCGGCAAUGCACCGCAUUAAAGCGGGUUAUUUCACUCAAAGUUCUAUUCUCGAGAUUAUCGGCGCUCCCGUACUCCAUGGAAAACACGACAAGGUGACACCCGUACCUAUUCUCUGCUUCCGAGCUCCCGAGAAACCAAAAGAAGCGACGGAGUGGCAGAGUCAUAUUGCAGAUAACGAGCAUUUCACCGUUGUCCACGAAAUCACGCCAAAGAAGCUUAAUGGACCCGAUGGAUUGGAUUCCCUCCUCGUUGCUUCGCGGGAGGGAGUGAACUGGCUUUAUUUCGAAGACGGUAAGUGGACGCACAAGUCAAUCGGUCUAGGAGAGGAGCGCACUCCAGAACAAUCGGCAACAUCGGAGACACCAGGCACUGGCGACAACUGGGGGAGCGGUAACGUCGACAUCGGUAGAGUGGAUGACGAUUCGUUCGCUUACAUCGCAACCAUUGAUCCGUUUCAUGGACCGACAGUGUCCGUGUAUACAAAGGUCAACGAGGGUUCUGAAAAGUUCACCUGGAAACGCCAUGUUCUAGAUGUGUACGGCACUCCAAACCAGCGAAUGAAGUACGGAGAUGGCCCGGGCCAUUUCGUCGUCUGCGGGGAUUUCGACGGCGACGGCGAUGACGAAUUUUUGGUCUCGCAUAUGGGUCCACUCGACCGUGAUGAAAAUGAGGAUGCGAUUCCGCCAGCGCCGGGUUACAACCCGAACAAGGGAAUUAUGUACUACAAGGCCAUCGACCUCUCUAACGGCGUCUUUGCGAAAUGGAAAAUUGACAUAAAUUCUUCAGCACGCGUGGCACUCGGUGAUUUCAAUGGCAAGAAAAAACUCGACAUUGCUUCAAUCGGGUACAACGUCAAGCAGUAUUAUGAAGAACCCGACCCCGUCGUAACUCUCAUUUCGAAUGAGAUCGCUCAAUCGGAUAACACCAUUCAGUCGGUCGCUAAAAUUGACGAGCCAACCAUCGUUACCUCGUACUGGGACGGUGAAGGAAUCGUGUACUUCGCUGACCCAUCUCAAGUCAAGACACCCACAUCGGUGGCGCUUAUCCAAGUUGCCCUCAUAGCGAUUACAGCUGAAAUUCAUCCUCCGGGCGGAAAAAUCGACAUUCAGAAGGGCGAGGGCGUCAAAGUCCUGUAUGGCUCCAUUUCCGACGACGCUGGCGAGAGGCAUUCUCUCGGUAACGAGCCAUUCCCUCAUGUAGCCUCAACUACUAGUACCCAAGAUUAUCUUACCGCGGACAAGGUUAAGGGCGCUAUUGUGAUCCGAAUUACACCACUCCCCACCCCACAAGGCGAUCCCGAGGAAUGGGACGAUGCAGCAAAGGUGCCGGUCAACACGACUUUCGACUUGAGUAAGGCAGGCUUAGUCAUGCCGCCGUUCAAGUUCACAAAAGUGGAAGAUCUUUGGUGGGGAGGCGCCUUUAAAGGCCGCGAAUUUUAUAACCUUACCGGCUUCAAUUUCCGCUUCCUUGACAGCAAGACGCACAUUGCUCAUAUGCAGUUUUGGACCGCAGGGACGAAUGUGAGUGCUGGAGCGCACAAUCAUAGUAACGAUUAUUUCGAAGAGAUUCACAUGGGCCUGUCGCUCGGCACGAAGACAGGUGGUAUGUGGCAAAUCAAACCGGAAAAUGAGGACUUGACGCAGGACGAAGCUGAGGCUCUCCCUGCCGAAGGGUAUAUAUGCAAGGUCAUACACCCGCUAGAGGAGCAUGGGGGUAUGUGGAAACGUGACGCGGAUGGAAACGCUCUUCGUGGGAAAAAUAAUGUUGUCGUGUAUCCGUGGCACAAGUGGCAGGGCGGAGAAGGUCCGAACAUUGAUGUCUGGCUUGCGCUGGAAUUCAAUCCCGAUCUACCCCUAUAAUGGAGUGUAGACUUUGACUUCGCUUUUCAAUCUUUAGGGCCAUUUUAAGGAUGGCUUGUCUUAAGGUCUGCGAUUUACUUGGCGAAAGGUUCAAAUGUUGGCUCUGAUGGAAGAUACAAUACUGAUGGAUUUGGUAAUGCGGUAAUUUCAGGCUUUUCCCGAGAACUCUUUUUCAUAUAGCUAAACCCGACUUUUUCCUCUUAACUUUUCAUGCGCCUAUCAUAAUAUCAUAUCGCUGGACAAAUAUGGCCUUUUACAAGGGAAGUCGUUCAUGCUUAAACCUUUUCUUUCCAUCUCCUUCGCCGUAAACGGCCGUUACAUGACCUUGACCUCGGAUUUUGUACUUGUAGAUCAUUAGACCUUCCAAGCCCACAGGACCCCGAGAGUGGAUUUUAUUAGUGCUGAUGCCGACUUCUGUACCGAAACCGUACCUCAUACCAUCGGCGAAUCGGGUAGAAGCAUUCCAAUAUACGCCUGCUGCAUCUACACUGGACAUAAAUUGCUCGGCAAGUUCGGACGAACUCGUCAAAAUGGCAUCUGUGUGUUUAGAGCCGUGAGUAUUGAUGUGAGCAAUUGCUUCAUACAUAUCGGAAACGGCUUUUAUUGCGAGUGUAAGGCUUAGGAAUUCGGUGUCGAAGUCUGCGUCUUGUGCGUCUUCGAGUUUGGCAG